CCCUUUUCUGAAAAGGAGGCUUUCCGUUCCGUCCAAUUUCACUGUCUCCUUCACACUAUUCAUUUUCUGCUUAUGCGUUUGCAUAACCGCUGAUUGCCACAAAACCCUAUUUCCCCAAAUCGAUGAUGAAAGGUACGAAGCGUUUGGCUGUGUCGGAACCCAACCAGGCCGAUACCAACGAAACGCCGUUCCGGAAUAAAAGAAUAAUGGAAGGAUCCUUCUUUGAUGUCCAUAGGGCUGAACCAUCCCAACAACCAAAGGUGGCAGCAGCAGCACCACCGUUGGAUAUGAAACGGGCAGAGUCAUCACAGCAGCAUGUGAGAGCUUUAAAUACCCAGUUUGCAAGUUGGGUUCAAACACAACUAAAGAAUCAUCCUGAUGAGCUUUGGGAUGAUGGUGUCAGAGAUUACUUAGAUCAUGCUUCAAGCAUUAUGGAAAAGUUUAGUGAUGUUGUCAAUUGGCUCAAAGCAAAUGCCACCCAGACAGAAAAUUCAUCUGCUGAUGCUGGUGCUACUUUUUCUGGGAAAAAACUCUUGCCUGAAGCAAUAAACAAAGAAAAUAAGCCUUUUGAAGAAAAAGCUGGGUCUACUCCUGCUAGUACUGCCACAAAUUUUGCUAGUUCUUGGAGCCCUGGGUUAUUUUCAAACAGCCAAAACAUUUUUGCAUUUGGAAAUCAAAGUUCAGCUCCCUCUAACAACAAUGCUUCAGAUGAUGUAGAUGGUGAAAAUGAAUUAGAGCAACCUAGCAGCCCAUCAGUUAAGAAGUCAGAAGAGAAAGGUGUAGUUGUUGUACAUGAAGUAAAGUGCAAACUUUAUGUGAAGUCAAGUGAUCCAGCAGAUAAAGAUGUAUGGAAAGAUAAAGGAAUGGGCAAACUGUCUAUUAAAUGCAAAGAGGGUGUUAGCAAGGCUACCAAAGAGUCCAAACCUACAAUUGUUGUUCGAAACGAGGUAGGAAAAAUUCUUCUCAAUGCCUUGUUGUAUCCGGGAAUCAAGACAAAUCUGCAGAAGAACUCUCUUGUUGCAAUAUUCCAUACUUCGGGUAAUGCUGACGGAAGUGGAGAUAACGAUAGUGUUGUUGCACGUACAUUCUUGAUCCGGAUGAAAACAGAAGAUGAUCGAAAUAAACUUGCUUCAACCAUCCAAGAAUAUGCUCCAGUUUCUUGAGUACAAGAGUCAUGAUUAUUAUGCCACCUUGAUCCAUUUAAAGUAAUCGGAUACUGGAUCCACCUUCAAUUUUUUUUGCUUUAAUGUGUCAUCUGUUAGAUUGUGUUUCCAAACCCCUUGUGUUUGGAGGCUGUUGCUUAUGUACCAUAUCAUAUGAGAAGAAUGUAGUUGACUUUGUUCGGAUAAAAUACCUUAGCUUUAAUGCAAUUAUUUUUUAAAGGUGAA